AUGGCCUUCAAUGCCGAAAUGCAGUUGGAUGUCAAUGUGAGGGAGAAGAAAUUCUUCGAAUGCCGCUGGUGGUGCACGAGAAUGGCGAGGGCGGGCAGAGCCAAUUUCGCAGAGAGUGAUGUCAACGAUAUCGUCAGUGCAAACCUUCGAGAUUUGUUUGCACUGCCGGGACGUGGAUGCAUCUUUGCGCCGGUCGACAGCCAGCAUUUUGUUCAGCAGCUGAUUGCAGAAGCCAUGCUGGGAUUGAUGGAGAACCUGCUGGCAGAGCCUGUCGAACUAAGCGAUGAUAUUUCAUCUCGGGCAGUGCAGUGCUCAAGCCAUCUUCCAUGGGUUGUGCGCGCACUGACGAAGCCUCAGCGCCAGAAGUGGGUAUCCUUGCUGGUCAGACUCCUACAGGGUCAGAGGUCCUACCAUUACCAAAAGACCGUGAUGGAGCACCUGGAGCUCCUAUGGAGGGCUGAUGACGAUCCCCGACGAAGCUACACAGAAGCAGAUCAGCAGCUACUGACUUUAUCACGACGUUCCAGCGACCACGUCACGAUGCCCAGUUUCACGGACAAGGAGAUAGAGGUCGAAACGGCGUCAUCCUUGCGCAAGGAGGUCGGCACGCUGUUGGCACAGCUCGCCUCGCUGCAAGAAGCUCUCUUCAAAUCAGAGGUGCCUUCGAGGCAGCUUGAACUGAGCAAGAAGAAUCUGGCCGCAGUUGAGGAAGCCGCCACUUUCCUCAGUGACCAGCCUCUCGACUGCAAGCAGGGUCGGCAUGCGAAGGAACCUCCAAACAUCCAGCUGCACGACAGAGCCGCCAACACCUGCAGGCUUGCGAAUAUCGCCGACCUUUUCGACUCUCUGCGCCGCGCAGAGGCCGGCAUUUCUUUUCCUGGGCGCUGA